UUCCCCCAGUGCACCAUGGGACUUGGAGUCCUCUUUGUGAUGUUCUUCCUCCUGGCAACAAUGCCAUUGUGUACUGUAGGGGGGGUGGCCAGCCAAGGUGGCACUGUGCUGUGUCCUCUGCAGUGUGUGUGCGAGACGCGGCCCUGGUACACCCCACAGUCCGUGUAUCACCAGGCCAGGACUAUCGACUGCAAUGAACUGCACCUGCAGAGAGUGCCGGCCAACAUAACGGCCGACACUCAGGUGCUGCUGCUGCAGAGUAACAACAUCUCCUCCAUCAGUACUGAAUUGGACAAUCUGAGCAACCUGACAGAAUUGGACCUGUCCCAGAACCACUUCACCCAGGUCAGUGCCAUGGGACUUUCUUCUCUCAGCCACUUGGUGACUCUGUACCUGGAAGAGAACCUGAUCCAGGAACUGGAGGACUUUGGUCUGAGGAACCUGACAAGCCUGGAGGAACUCUACAUCAAUCACAAUCACAUCUCCUCCAUCGAACCCAAAGCCUUUGCUGGACUCACCAACCUGCUGCGGCUCCACUUGAACUCAAACCGGUUGGUUGCCAUCGAUAGCCGCUGGUUCGAGUCCCUGCCCUCCCUGGAGAUCCUAAUGAUCGGGGAGAACCCCAUCCUGGGUCUGGAGGAGAGGAACUUCAUACCCCUGACUCGCCUCCAUAGCCUAGUUCUGGCUGGAAUGGGCCUGGCCUCCAUCCCCUCCACAGCCUUCCUGGGUCUCGACUACCUGGAGAGUCUCUCCUUCUACGGAAACCGGCUGAGGUCAGUUCCUCGGGAUGCUCUGAGCUUGCUCCCAAACCUUAAGUUUUUGGACCUGAACAGGAACCCGAUCAGCCGGAUCCAGCAGGGAGAUUUCCAGAACCUUCAGCACCUGCAGGAACUCAGUCUGAACAACAUGGACGACCUUGUGGUGGUGGAGCGAGCGGCGUUCCAGAACCUUCCUGAAAUAGCCAAACUGGAACUCUGCAACAAUCCGCAACUGUCGUACAUCGACCCCGACGCCUUCAGUGACCUGACCUCCCUGCGGACUCUCCUCCUCCAUAACGACCAGCUCCGCCUCCUCUCCAGGGACCUCCUCUCCUCCCUCCCCUCUCUGGAGGAACUCUCUUUGCACUCCAACCCGCUGCGAUGUGACUGUCUCGCCUCUUGGGGGCUGUAUCUUGGCAACCAAUCACAUCUCAAGCUGCUGGAGUCCUCCAGCACGGUUUGCUCCGCCCCACCGCCACUCAUUGGGCGUGAGCUGCAGGAGGUGGUGGCACUGGGCUGGGUCAGGAACAGUGGAGGCGGAGCCAACAGCUGCUUCCCUCACAUCUCUCCUCACGCCUUCCCACAAACAAUCAACGUCAGCGAUGGACAGCCAAUCAGGCUGGAGUGCUGGGCCGAUGCUGACCCCGCCCCCCAGUUUUACUGGGUGAUGCCAAGUGGAGACAAGGUGAGCGCCGAAGCCAUGGCUGCACCAAUCAUUUCAGAGCAGGGGCGUGGCUUGAGCUGGACCCGGAGGCAUCAUGUCUUAGCACCUGGCACUCUGGUGAUCGAACACAUGGCGCUCUCAGAUGCAGGUGUGUACACCUGCGUGGCAUGGAACGUGGAGGGAGCCGACACAAAGAGCGUCUCAGUGUCUGUGGACUCUCAGGAGGCGUGGCCAAGUGGGAGGAGCUGGGCAGAGCUGUGGAACGCCUCGCUGGUGGUGCUGGCAAAGGUGGUGCGUGCGCACUCCGUUGUGCUGGAGUGGAAACUUUACCAUGGCAGAGGAGUGCCACCUGUGGGUCAGAACCAGCCGGACACGCCUGUUCUGCCAUCACAGUGGACCAGCGCCACCGUGCACAUCGACAACCCUCAGAUCAGCUACACGGCCAAGGUUCCAGUUGACGUACAGGAGUAUAAUCUCACUCACCUCCUUCCAGCCACGGAGUACCACGUCUGUCUCACUGUCUCCUCGUCUCCACCUCCUCCCGCCUCCUCACCCAGUCUCCCUUCUCCCUCCUCCUCCUCCUCCCCUGCCCAUACCGCCUGCCUGAACGUCACCACCAAGGAGGCAAGUUUCUCGGUGGAGCUGGUGGCAUCACGGCACAGCAGCGUGGUAUUGGCGGCCAUCAUGGGCUCCAUGUUUGCUUUGUCCAUCAUGGCGCUGCUGGUGAUCUACAUGGGCCGGCGGGUGAAGCAGCAUAAGUCCUGUGGCCAUUCACUGAAGACGUACAUGCAGCAUGCCACGUCCAUCCCGCUGAACAAACUCUAUCCUCCUCUGAUUACACUGUGGGAGAGCGAGGCUGAGAAGGACAAGGAGGACAAGGAUGAGGAUGAUAGGGUGGGUGGUGCUCGAGGGCAUGAGGCACCAGGGAGCCAAAUCGACACCACAAAGACGUACAUGUGGUAGCUGGAGGGUAGGGGCCAGUUUAACACAGAUUUAUGUGGGACGUUUUUGGAAACAGGAAGUGGCUGAAGACACGG